CUCAGCGUGGGUCGCUCAGGGGAGCAGGUGGGAGCUUUUUCUGCAGCCGGUUUGGGGGCGGGCGCGCCCAGCUUCCCGAUUUCAAGGCCGCACUCUAUUCCGACUCCGCCUCUGUGGCGCAGCUGGAGGGCAGCGAGGUUAGACUCCUGGACGAACUUCCCGGCGGAAAGGGGGCUCAGCGCUGGAGAGUGAGGCCGGAGUCCCUCCGCUAGGAUGGGAGCAGUGGGGCCUGCCUGGGAGCCCCGGGGGUCCGAGGUAGAGCGGGCUGCACUCGGACGGCGCACACCACGCGUGUCCGCGCCCCCCGCCGGUACGCAGGGCGGCCUGGCCCUUUAAGCGGCCAGACGGCGGCCCCAGCUGACGCGCGGGCUCCAAUCGGCGCCCCGCGCCCCCCGCCCGCCGCGCCCGAGGCUCUGGGGCCGCAGCUGCUCGGCGGCUGGACUCGCCGCGGCCCUCGCCUCCGCCCGCCCGGCCGCGCCCCCGGGGCCAUGGUCGCCGGGCCCUGCGCGGGGGCGGCCCCCAGCGCGGCGCUUCAUGGAGCGGCCCCGGCCCGGCCGCCGGGGGCAGCGCGAUCCCGCGGGGCCCUGUGAGCCCCCAGCGCCACGGCACCAUGGGAAGAGCUGGAGGCCCAGAAAAGUUGACCGACUAACCCAGGAGCUGAUCUUCCUUCUCAGAAGUUGCUGGUUGAGAAGACGACCGACUCACCGGCGGCCGAGUUCUCGCUGGUGGAGGACGUGGCGCUGCACUUCGCCUGCUUGAUGGGCCGCCUGAACGAGCAGCGCCUCUUCCAGCCUGACCUCUGCGACGUGGACCUGGUCCUGGUGCCCCAGCGCAGCGUCUUCCCGGCACACAAGGGCGUGCUGGCUGCCUACAGCCAGUUCUUCCACUCCCUCUUCACCCAGAACAAGCAGCUGCAGCGUGUGGAGCUGUCCCUGGAGGCGCUGGCUCCUGGCGGCCUGCAGCAGAUCCUCAACUUCAUCUACACAUCCAAGCUGCUGGUCAACGCGGCCAACGUGCACGAGGUGCUCAGUGCCGCCUCGUUGCUGCAGAUGGCUGACAUCGCCGCGUCCUGCCAGGAGCUGCUGGACGCCCGCUCCCUUGGCCCACCGGGCCCUGGCGCUGUGGCCCUGGCCCAGCCAGCUGCCAGCUGCACCCCGGCCGCACCGCCCUACUACUGCGACAUCAAGCAGGAGGCCGACGCCCCGGGCCUGCCCAAGAUCUAUGCCCGAGAGGGCCCUGACCCCUACUCGGUGCGCGUCGAGGACGGGGCAGGGGCCGAGGGUGGCACAGCACCUGCUGCCAUCGGGCCAGCUCAGCCCUUCUUCAAGGAGGAGAAGGAGGGUGGUGUUGAGGAGGCGGGGGGGCCCCCAGCGAGCUUGUGCAAGCUGGAGGGUGGGGAGGAGUUGGAGGAAGAGCUUGGGGGUUCUGGCACCUACAGCCGUCGGGAGCAGUCCCAGAUCAUCGUGGAGGUGAACCUCAACAACCAGACGCUGCACGUGUCUACGGGGCCUGAGGGGAAGCCGGGUGCUGCCACAGGCCCUACCACCAUGGUGCUGGGCCGGGAGGAUGGGCUGCAAAGACACUCAGAGGACGAGGAGGAGGAGGAAGAGGAGGAGGAGGAGGAGGAGGAAGAGGAGGGUGGUGGCAGUGGAGGGGAAGAGGAAGAGGAGGAGGAGGAGGAAGAGGAGGGUGGCAGUCAGGGAGAGGAGGAAGAUGAGGAGGAGGAAGGGCACAGCGAGCAGGAGGAGGAGGAGGAGGACGAAGAGGAAGGGCACAGUGAGCAGGAUCAAGAGAGCUCAGAGGAGGAGGAGGAGGGGGAGGAAGGAGAGACGGGGGGCAGGCAGGGGCCAGCAGGGCGGCGCAGCAGCCGGGCAGCCCCCCCUCCCCACAGUCGCAUGGCCACACGGUCCCGAGAGAAUGCUCAGCGCCGGGGCCCCCCUGAGCCUGACGAGGCCGGGCGGCGGGGUGGGAAGCGGCCGAAGCCACCCCCAGGAGUGACCCCUGCACCAGCCCGAGGGCCACAGGCCACGGAUGGGCUGGGGGCCAAGGUGAAGCUGGAGGAGAAGCAGCACCACCCGUGCCAGAAGUGCCCGCGUGUUUUCAACAACCGCUGGUACCUGGAAAAACACAUGAAUGUGACCCACAGCCGCAUGCAGAUCUGCGACCAGUGCGGCAAGCGCUUCCUGCUGGAGAGCGAGCUGCUGCUGCACCGGCAGACAGACUGCGAGCGCAACAUCCAGUGUGUGACGUGUGGCAAAGCUUUUAAGAAGCUCUGGUCCCUCCAUGAGCACAACAAGAUCGUGCACGGCUACGCGGAAAAAAAGUUCUCGUGUGAGAUCUGCGAGAAGAAGUUCUACACCAUGGCCCACGUGCGCAAGCACAUGGUCGCCCACACCAAGGACAUGCCCUUCACCUGCGAGACCUGCGGGAAGUCCUUCAAACGCAGCAUGUCUCUCAAGGUGCACUCACUGCAGCACUCUGGGGAGAAGCCGUUCAGAUGCGAGAACUGCAAUGAGCGCUUCCAGUACAAGUACCAGCUGCGGUCCCACAUGAGCAUCCACAUUGGCCACAAGCAGUUCAUGUGCCAGUGGUGUGGCAAGGACUUCAACAUGAAGCAGUACUUCGAUGAGCACAUGAAGACGCACACAGGGGAGAAGCCGUACAUCUGCGAGAUCUGUGGCAAGAGCUUCACCAGCCGGCCCAACAUGAAGCGGCACCGGCGCACGCACACGGGGGAGAAGCCGUACCCCUGCGACGUCUGUGGCCAGCGCUUCCGCUUCUCCAACAUGCUCAAGGCCCACAAGGAGAAAUGCUUCCGCGUCAGCCACCCCCCCUCUGCCCCAGGCCUGUCCCCGACGCAGCCUUCGGCCCCCGCGCUGCCCCUGCUCCCGGGGCUGCCGCAGACCCUGCCGCCGCCGCCGCACCUGCCGCCGCCGCCGCCGCUCUUCCCCACCCCUGCCGACGCCGGCGGGAGGCUGAACGCCAGCGACUGAUCGCCCGCCUGCCCGCGGGACCUGGAGCCCAGGGCCGACUCCGGGAGCCACCCUGUGCCCGCCCUGCUCCUUGUAGGUCGGCAGCGGCCCUGGCCUGGCACCGCCGCCCCCCAUGCCACGGGUGGCUGGACACACUCUGCUUGAGGCCCCUGACCCUGGGGGGUGUGCAGGCUGACGGCCCCCCAGAGCUGGUGGAGGACACCUCACUCCCAAGUGCCCCCCUUUCAGAGACUCCUUGAAGCCUUUACUUUUUUUGUUUAGAAGUGAAGGAAAAAGGAAAGAGAGGAAAGUAUUGGCAGCACCUCCUCCAGGUGAGGGGGCUGCUGGAGAUGGCAGGUACAGUGGGGAGGGGGGGCUGGGCAGCAGUGUGACUGGUCACUCUGCUGAGGCCUGAGCUGGAGGGGGUUGGCCAGGCCGAGCCUGCGUCACCUUCAGCUGCUCAUCCCCACUGCCUCUGUGCCCCCAUCGCCCCCCCAUCCCGGAGGGUUUGGGGAGUUGAGGUGCCAGAAUGGAAGUUGGAGGAGUUGUGGACCCAGUCUGAGGGUGUGGACACCAAGGCAGGGGCUUGCGACUGGAUGCCGUGAGCGUGUUGGGUGGGGAGGGGUGAGGUGGUGAAGUGCAGGCCUGGCUCUGCACCAUGUGGAGUGGGGCGGGCAGGGGCUGGACCCCAGGCAUUUGCUUUCUCCACCCACAGCCCUGCCAGCAGGCACAGGGAUUCCUGACCUGCAUCAGGCAACACCAAGGCCCUGAGUCCUGGAGAGGAUGUCCCCAAGUAGCCUCUGGGCCAGGGUGUUGUGGGCUAGGCCCUGGGUGGGCAGACGGGCUGGCUCCCGAAGCACCAGCUCCCAGGACUGCAGUCAAGGAGCCCCUGCCAAUGGGUAGACCCCAGGGGCAGGGCCCUCAGGAGGAGGCUUGGUAAAUGUUUUAAGGUUUCAAGGUGCUAUCAGUGGGGCAGAGGGCAGGGCUGCUGUUCACAGAGCACCCCGUCCCUCACCAGCUGCCCUGGCCGUAUCUCCUACACUGGAGAUGUGUGUGUCUGUGUCCGUCUCUGCUCCCCGAAGGCAGCACUAGGCCUCAUCUCUCACUAGGCCUGGCCACAACCCACCCUCCGCUGCUGUCCAGUGUCCUUGACCCUCCUGGGCCUCUGCGCUGGUGGGUGGGGCGCCUGCAGCAGUGUCGGUGAAAGGAGCCUGCACGUUUAGGCAGGGGGUGUGGGGGUGCUGGGGGAGUCCCAGCCUGUGCCUGGCGCUUGCCCCCAUGAGGCAGCACUAAUAGGACACCCUUUUUUGUUGUCAUUUAACAUCUUUAGUCCUGCCUUUAAAAUGGGGAAGAAGGUUCCAUAAGCUACAUGUUUCCUAGUUAAGCUCUUUCCUAUUGUGUUUAUACGGUUUUGUUUGUUAUACUCUUUGCACCUUAACCCCCCACGACUACCCCCUGCACACCACCUUCCCAGCAUGGCUGGAGUGGGAAGAGGCCUGAGCCCAAGGGGGACAGUGGGGAGGACUGGGCCCCAUCAGCCCAAGGGCCGAGGGGGUCGGAACCCCUCUGACCUCCUUGUGAGGCCCAUGGCGCUGGGGCAGGGGGCUGGGGACAUUUUAAUCAUCAAUAAACGAAGCACUUUAUUCUGUACAGAUGUGGGCAGGCCCAAGGAGCCCGAGUGUUUUGAGGAUCUGUAAUCCAAGCCACACAGCCCUGGUUGUUCUCUGGGCUCUGAAGGGCCCAGAUGAGUUUGGGGCUGCAGCAGGAGCAGCAAAAGCCAGAGCCUGUAGAACACCCCCCCCCCCCCCCCCCGCCAGGCACCCGUGCUGUCCCAUGGGGAGAGAAGGUGGGCGCUCCGCGAGAGGGGAAGGCUCCCUGCUCUGCAGCUCCCCCACCCCAAGGUGGGGGCCAGGGGGAGGGUGGUGUCCAGCCUCUUAUGGGGUCAGGGCUGGGACUCCCAUGCUCCUGCUUUACUGCAGCUCUUAACCUCCUGCGGCCCUUGAUCUCUGGGCUUCCAUGACGUCCUCAGGGUCCUCCCCUCCCCGUUUCCUCCUCUCCCUUGCUGUUUCUAACCUCUGGUCCCAGUGCCUGGUAGCUCCUCAGAGCUGGCUCACAUUUUCCAAAAAAAAGUUGAUCUUCCCCAAUGGGCUGUAGGCCAGAACCCCCGUGGGUUCCCCAAUGCCUGUCAUUUACACCCGAGUCUCCCAUGGGGUUAGUGGCUUUGUCAUCUGCUAGCCCCACUGUGCGAGCCUGGGGGUCCCUGACCAGGCCGGGCCCCUGGUCUGUCAGGCCAGACUUUGAUGAGCAGAGGCCAGAGAUGGGUGUGGGGGGCUGGUGAUGAAACCCUGUCCCAGCCCUUAAGUGUCCUCUUCUUAUAUACUUGCCCUCUGAGGGCGGGAGAGGAGUCCAGACAGCAGGCUGGGCACUGGUCAAAUGGUCUUAUAGCUGUAGGUGGGCAUGGCCAGGCCCUCUCCUGGGAGGCCCACGUCCGAGUGGGAACAGGAGCCCUGUGUCCUUGGUGCUAAUGCUCUCUUCCCCUUGGGCCAGUGUUGGUGGGAGCUCCUUUCUGGCCAGACCACAGGGGUCUGAAGCAAUAAUGGAACCUCAGCAGUGCCAGUAUGGGGAGGGGUUCUUGUUUUACCAGCUUUUACAUUUAAUUUCUAAAACAAAUUAGUAAGCACCUGGAUCCUGGAGUGAGGGGACGGCCAUCAUCCCCACCUCCCGGGGCUGGUGGAGGUGGCGGGGAGGGGGUGCGGGACCAUCACUUCCCUCUGGAGGUGCAUGCAGGGGUGUCCUCUGUCCCGCUGGAUUCCUCAGUCCUUUUGGUCAAACCUCAAGUCAGACCAUCUGGGGAUGAGUGACCGGAGAGAUGAGGUGGGCCUCAAGCCCCAUGGCCACAGUUCUGGGAGCCGGGGCUGAGUCAGAGCCUGAGCCUCUGCCCCUGGCACCUGCUGCUACAGCCGUCACAGUGCCCCUCACAGGGGGCUCAGCAGUGGCAGGACGGCUGUGCCCAGGUGUGUGGACCCUUGAUGUCUGGUCAUGUGUGGCCACCCCACAGCCACAGAGUGCGUGGGGGACAGCAGGAGGGCAAGUGAGAAGGGUAAGGGGAAUAAAGUCGGUACAACUGUC